AUGUCUCCCCUGCCUUCUCCCGCCACGGCCACAGAUAAACUGCAUAGGCCAGAGGUCCAUGGGACUUCUUAUGCCAGGUCCUUAUUAGAUCAGGCCGGCAUAACGCAAGACGUUUUGGACUUUCGUUAUAGGGGCAGUGGAACAUCAGGGGAACCUUAUGUUGUCGUCUUCAUUGAUAACGAUCCGAUCAAUCCUCUGAAUUUUCCGCAGUGGCGGAAGUGGGCCAUUACAAUCCUUCAGGCUUUCGCGGUACUGGCCGUCGCCUUUGCAUCAACGGCAUACUCGUCCAGUGUGUCUGAAAUCAUGCAAGAAUUUCAAGUCAGUAGAACAGUUGCUAUCCUGGGUAUUACGAUGUUUGUCUUUGGUUUUGCCUUCGGGCCACUUAUUUGGGCUCCGCUAUCUGAGCUAUACGGGAGAUAG